UCCGUUUCUCUCCCUCCGGAGUCAGAACUGUUAAAAUCCCUAAAAUCCGAUGAACUUAACUCUGCAACAUUCCUUCGAUCAAAUGUUCAUCGUUUCUCCGUCGUCUCACAGCUUCAGAGUUGAGCGAAUCCUGCUUUCCGACUGUGAGGAGUUCGUCGGCGGAGGCUAUCAAUUGUAACUCUUAUGGUACCAGGCACAGAGGUGGGAAUUGAAUUGAUCAGUAGUUGUUUCCAGUAGAACGCCAUGAGCAGCAACACCUGCAGCUGCCAGUUUGGGAGAAAUGGGAAAAGGCGCAUUGAGGAAGACAGGUUAAGCCACCUUCCAGAACCCAUUAUUUAUCACAUCCUUUCGUUUCUCGACACCAAAUCCGCCGUUCAGACCUCUGUGUUGUCCCGUGUGUGGAGAUGCGCUUGGAAAUAUGUCCAUGUCCUCGACUUUCGAAGUGAUUCCUUCCAACUGUAUUCUAGUUUCCAAAGGUAUUUGGACAAGGUUCUGUCCCUCCGCUAUCCCUUCAAUCUCAGCAAGAUGAGCUAUACUGAUUCCGCGGAGCAACUAGAUUUUGGACUGUUUAGAAAGGUCGUCACGUAUGCCUUAUCUCAUGAUGCUUGACAUUUGGUGAUCGACAUGGACACCAGGAAUGCGGAUUAUGAAGAGAGUUACAGCUUCUCCGAUAUGUUUGGCACGAUCUGCAACUGCAGCGUCGAAACUCUGAAGAUACGAAGUGUCUGCAUCGAUGGUGGAUUUGUGUCAUCCAGUUUUGGAAUGCUGACAAGUUUAGUUUUGGAAGAAUGCCAACUGAUUUUCGACAAGGGUGCGGACUUCUUUGCUUGCUGCCCCUCUCUGAAGAAUUUGGUCAUCAGUUAUUGCAUCGACCACUUUUCUGGGGAAGAGAAGGGUCUCAAGAUAUAUGGACCCCAAUUGCUCAGCCUGAACUUGGAUAGUCCUGCGUGUUUCGACAUCGAAUUAGUUGCACCAAGGCUUCGAUUCUUCGGCGUUCAUAAUAGCUUGUACUACCAGAAGUUCUCCAAGCUAAGCGUUCCUGCCCUUGAUCAUGUUGAGAUCUGGGUCGAUGGUUUCGACGGUAUGAGGGAAGAUGACAAUGAAUGGACAGCACAAUGUUUCAUCUCCUUGUUCCGAGAUGUGAACAAUGCAACGUCUCUGAUGCUGGAUUCCUACACCAUCCAGGUAAUGAGUGGUGUUUCUGAGUUUCUGGAACGACAACCCUCUCCUUUUAGGAGAUUGAAGUCCUUAAUGGUGAAGGCUGACAGUAUACCUUUCAGACUAGCCAACUGCUUUCUUAAAGGGUCUUCUUGUAUGAACCCAAAUGUUGAGUUUGUGCGUACAUGUUACUUCAUAAUUUAGCAAUUUUGGCGUCGUUUCUGAAUUCUGAUCAAGGUCCGCAAGGUUGUAUUGCUUCCUUUUUAUGUCAUUUAGGGAUAUGUUGCAAGUUCAUCCCGAGGAUCAGUACCAUUUGGUCCGUGUCGGACUUGUCUAUUUUAGUGUUGUAGACACGGAAGGGAUCAAUGCUUUUAUUCUACAAAGGCAAAUUAAGCUUUUGAUA